GAGGAACGAACGCGACCUAAGUUCAUGAUUCUGGGUAUUCUUCAAGAGCACUUCCUAGACGAAGGCUACGACUGGAUGACUUCCUCCAUCGCAUCGAAGGCGAGUGUCGUCCGCGUCGAAGACGCUGCAGAGGCCAAGAAGCUCCUCGCUGCCUCCGCAGCUCAGCGGCCCGACGCGGUGCUCGUGAUUGAUGGAGCUGUCGUCGAGCCUCGAUAUCGGAAGCUUCGCGCUGCGCUCGUUACCUUCACCAAGCAGGGCGGCACAGUCGUCCUGGGCGCCAACUUCAGCAACGGGCUUCCCUGGGGAGAGAAGACAGCCGAGUUCUUUGCGCAGUGGGGACUAACGUGGCAGUCGGGGAACUACCACCGCACGACCGUACACCUCAACCCGAACGGCAUACCGGGGAUGGACACGCAAGGGCUGGACGAGUCCUACUCAGUCAAGGCGCUUAACCUGAAGAAUGUUCACCCGAGCUUGCGGGUCUACUUUCCUUCGUCAUCUUCCCGCACCGAAUCUCACGUUUACGAGCCUAUCCCUGUCGACACGGCACAGACGCCCGCGGCCUUCGUUCACGUCGGGCGAGGCUACCUCGGCUACAUCGGCGACGUGAACGGGGAGGACCCGACGACGAAGCUGAUCCUCCGCAUGCUGGGCCUC